AUGGUGAAGGGACGCCAAGGAGAACAAGUCAGACUCUACGUUAGGGGAACCAUCUUGGGAUACAAAAGGUCCAAGUCCAACCAGUACCCAAACACAUCCCUAAUCCAGAUUGAAGGAGUCAACACUACAGAGGAGGUGACAUGGUACAAGGGAAAGAGGAUGGCUUACAUCUACAAGGCCAAGACCAAGAAGAACGGUAGCCACUACCGCUGCAUCUGGGGGAAAGUUACAAGGCCUCAUGGUAACAGCGGUGUUGUCCGUGCCAAAUUCACAUCCAACUUGCCUCCUAAGUCCAUGGGAAUGAGGGUCAGAGUCUUCAUGUAUCCGAUUUCAAACGGCUACGCGUUCAUCAUACCUGUUUUGCUGGUAAAAUUCGUAAACUUCAUAUCAAGUCCUGACAGCUGCACUGACACUGUUUCCUGA